GGGAAAUGUUAAAUUCUACCACCAGAGUGCGUGAUAAGCUGAAGAUAAUUUCCAACUUCCCUCUCUCUGUAAGUGGGUGUUCCGGCCCCACAUUUCCCUUUAUCAGUUCUCUGAAAGCACCACAUAAGUAUAUUUUUUGUUUUUUUUAAACCAUAAUGUUAAGUGGCAAAUUUUUUCGUCUGCUUUUUUAACUUUGUAUACUUUUGUCGAUGUCACCAUUUGCUUGAGAGAACAAUGAGUAAUACAAAUUGACACAGCAUAGUAACAGUAGACAUGUAGUUGGCCACUGAAACUGAUCACACGAACAGGAAGCUAAUGUUUGUGUGGUUAGACACGCAUUGCUGUGCAUUCGGCUGCAUACAGGAAGCCACCACCAGUCACUCUUCUUGGGUGCGAAAGCGGUUGUCUGUGAACUUUUCCACUCAAAAAUGGCUCAGGCAAAGGAUCAAUCUUUCGCCGUCCGUCUUUUCAACAAAUGCCGUAAGACUAGCCAAGAUGCCAAAACAGGCGAGAGUGAUGUGUUUCAUAUCUCUGAGUUCACCAUCAUGUGGGAUAAAUCGAUGAAAGAAUUCUUAGCCAAAGCCAAAGAAGACUUUUUAAGAAAAUGGGAGUGUCCACCACAGAGCACAACGGGCCUGGAUGACUUUGAUAGAUUCAAGACUCUGGGCACUGGCUCGUUUGGGAGAGUUAUGCUUGUGAAACAUAAAGGAACAAACCAGUUCUAUGCCAUGAAAAUCUUGGACAAACAAAAAGUGGUGAAGUUGAAACAGAUAGAACACACACUAAAUGAAAAGAGAAUACUACAGGCAGUCUCCUUCCCCUUCCUCGUCAGAUUGGUGUAUGCUUUCAAGGACAACUCAAACCUCUACAUGGUGAUGGAAUAUGUGCCCGGUGGAGAGAUGUUCUCCCACCUCAGACGUAUUGGAAGGUUCAGUGAACACCAUGCACGAUUUUAUGCAGCUCAGAUAGUACUCACCUUUGAGUACCUUCACUCCUUAGACCUCAUCUACAGAGACCUGAAGCCUGAAAACCUGCUCAUAGAUCAACAUGGCUAUAUCCAGGUCACAGAUUUUGGUUUUGCCAAGAGGGUAAAAGGCAGGACCUGGACUUUGUGUGGAACACCAGAGUACCUGGCUCCUGAGAUCAUCCUUAGCAAGGGCUACAACAAAGCUGUGGACUGGUGGGCUCUUGGAGUUCUUAUCUAUGAGAUGGCUGCUGGUUACCCUCCGUUUUUUGCUGAUCAGCCUAUCCAAAUCUAUGAAAAGAUUGUGUCUGGCAAGGUACGAUUUCCCUCUCACUUUAGCUCUGACCUGAAGGAUCUGUUGAAAAACCUGCUCCAGGUAGACCUUACCAAGAGGUUUGGAAAUCUAAAGAACGGUGUGAAUGAUAUAAAAAAUCACAAGUGGUUCUCCACAACAGACUGGAUUGCCAUUUAUGAGAGAAAGGUCGACGCUCCGUUCUUGCCAAAGUGCAGAGGACCAGGAGACACGAGCAACUUUGAUGACUACGAAGAGGAGGACAUUCGCGUCUCACAAACAGAAAAGUGUGCAAAAGAGUUUGCCGAGUUCUAGCGAGCGGGCAGGAGUCCCAUCAGGGCUUACAUGUGGGAUAUUUGCACUCUCCCAAGGGUUAAGGUGGGACUGAGGUUGUCAUGUGGUCAAAUGAAAUGUCUUGUUCCUUCAUUCCACAUGACUGAAUGGAGUCCUUCUUGCCAUGAUCCUACGUGCAGUUAGCACUAACCUUUACACAGGCACAUUAUGCAGACACCCAUUGUGCUGCAACACAAAAAAUACUAGACCACGUUCUCAUCUUUUUUUUGUUUGCCACUUUUAACCAUCUUCCCUUCUCAUUAUUUCAAUUGAACCUUAAACAUGAAAACUAAUAUUACUCCCAUUAGCAAGUGGCACAAACAGUGAUUGAUUGUAUUAGCUGGUAUUGCACACGUCAUGAUUUAAAGCAUUGGAAAAGAAGGGAUUGUUUUUUGUUUUUGUUGGUUUGUUUUUUGGUCUACCAAUUAUCUGUUAGGUGCCUGGGUGUUACUGCAUAACACAAUAUACAUAUUUAAGACAUACUUUUAUGAAUCACAGUUUUGUUAAUGCAUGGCUUAAAUUCAAGUCCAGGUAAGGGCAAUAAGCUUUUUAAGGUUCCUGGGUUUUAGCACUCAGGAGUUUGAACAGGGAGAAAUUUUAAUGAAGCAGAAACGCAUAAAUGCUGUAUUAUCUGAUCAGCCGUAGCAUUGUUUUAUCCAUAUCCAGUCACGUGAUGAUUCCUGUUACCUCAGACUAGGUAUGGCAUUAAAUCAGUGGAUUGAAACCAUAUAUAUAUAUAUAUAUAUAUAUUUGUACUGUAGGUACGUUUCUCUUUUAAGAGAAUGGAAUCUGAUAAAGUUUGAGUAGAUCACCUUGCGAGGCAAGUCUUCUGCCUCUGGUACGUCCAACAAUAUAUCAAGUGCACUGAUGGUGUUUAGUCUCCACUUGAGGUUGCAUUAUUGUGGAAUCAAAUCAGUGUUGGUGACUCCAAAAGAUGUUCAUGUGAAGUUGUCUUUGGUUUUGUUGUUUAAAGCUGUGUGCUUUAGCGGAGCACAUUAAACACAUAUUUGCUUUAUUAUUUAAAAUUUUGCAUGUUUGUUACAUUUGUACAGCAGUUUCACGACAAGCUAAUGGUGCCCUAGGUGUUCCCAUCUUUUUUUGUUGCUUUGUGUGUUGCCAUUUUAAAUUGUUUCACAGCCUGAAACCUUAAUGCAUCAGAGGCCAUAGGUACUUUUGUCUCAGUGAUAGAUUCCUCUCCGUAACCAUAUCAAUCUAAACAAUACAAAUAGCAGAAGACUUAAAUAUCAACUUAAAGUAUUCACCAGUCUUGGCCACUGCUCAGUUGAAUCCCCUUCUUACUGCUGCCACCUCUUUGCAUCCCUUUUUAUUCAAUUUGCACACUGUGAUGGGUCAAUAUCUGCUCAUUCUUUCAGCAAAAUUGUUCAGGCUGAGUCACAUCAAAGUAUUUAAAUGACAAAAUUUAAUGUCAUAUUUUCAAAGGGAAUAUGGUGAAGUUUGACCUUUUUUCUUCGUAGGUUACUGUCUUACCUGGUAUGAUAUAUAUUUUGUCAAUCUGAGAGAAACGCAGGUUGCGUGAGAGCUUUUCUUUUCCACUAAUUUGCCAUUCAUCCUAACACACUGCCUGUCCUUGCUGCUGAGCUGUAGUCCCUGCCUUUGCAAACUCCUCACCAGCGUGACAGGUUGGUGUGUUGUAUUUUUAUCUCUCUCUAUGUCAAAAGCCAAGGUGUCCACUUAAAUAUCCAGAUGUCAAAACUUUUGUGGUUCUUUGAUUCCUUUCAGGAGGUGGUUUGUCUCUGCUGUCCACAGAGGGUUCAGAGUUCAAAGUCAUUUCUGCAGGUCGGAUGCUCAGGGCUGUGGGGAAAUCAAAGUGUUGACAUUCAUGUGUAGUCAAUAGAUGUAAAGGCUUUUGGAUGGUGUGAAUAUAAGUUGACAUGAUCAACUUAUCAAAAAAAAGCAAUUUUAUCAAGUUCCUCAAUUUUAGACAACCAAAUGUGGAAAAGAUUUGGGAACUGAAUUUUUUAUUUUGAGGCACUGGUGUACUGUUCAUGGAUAUUGGCUGUUUGUGACAUUUCAGUUAGCCCUUAUUUUGUUUCAAAAGGCACAACUGUUUUUAAGCUUUUUUUAAUUUAUAUUUAGAGAUGUCUAAGAUGCAUUUAUGUGUUUAAACUUGCAUAAUAUUGGUAUGUAUAAGGAGACUCCAAAUGUUGUAUUCACACAAGUGUUUUAAACGGUGAAUACAGUAUAGUAAAUUAUUUAUUUGUACAAAAUUUUUUGUUUGUCCCUAAAAGAAUAAACAUUUAUAGUAAUAAAAGAUUUAACGAAGAUUAUAAGUAAUGGUUCUCAUCCUAUUUAUAAUUGCAGCCUUUUCUUUAUUUUUAUUUUGAAUCUAAAUUGAAUUAAGUUGCAUUAUUUUCUCAGUGUAUUCUGGCAUUACAAUAAUUUGAGAAACAACACCUGCAAAAGCCAGCAUGUUUUAAUCUAAUUCUCUUGUGUGUAAAUCUUCCCAGACCAUCUGCAAGAUAUCCACUGUUAAUUUUUCCAUUUCAUUUAUCUCUCGUGUGUAAUGUUUGUCAUGUUUGAUGUAAAUGAUGGCACUUUUCCAUUGAGCCACCUCACAACCCAGACUGAAGGAAAUCAGUUCUCUGUAGCUAGUCACACAUGCCCGUGUGGGCUCAAUAAUCUGAAAUGUGUCUGUAUUUAGUUUGUGGGAUAUUUUGCACAUUAUUUAGAAAGCUGACACGUUUUCCACCCAUAUUUACUUGUGUUUGCAAGGGGAGAAUACUUUGCUGUAGCAGAUUUUAUGUAACAAAAAAUAUGUCACUAUAAUAAAUUCUUUUUAAUAAAACGUG